GUCAAGAAAUUAAUUUCCGUAGUAAAGCAAUCCGGAAAUUAAUUUCCGUAGUUAUUAAAUCAUGACGGCGCCGUCGGAGAUACCGUGGACCAUCGACCCGGAGAUGGAGAAGUACUUGAGCGAGCUGCCCUCCGGCUACCGGUUCCGGCCGACGGACGGGGAGCUAGUGGUGGAUUACCUGAGAAACAAGAUUCUUCAAGUACCCAUGCCUCCCAAUAGGAUUCGAACCUUCAAUAUCUACAAUUCUCACCCCUUUGAACUGUAUCAGAUGUACAGGACGAUGGCAAGGGAGAACGCGUGCUAUUUCUUCACGAAGAGGAAGAAAAAGUACCCUAAGGGGACAAGAACGGCCAGGACCGCCGGACAGGGGUUAUGGAAGUCGACCACCGUCGAACUGGCGGUGGUGGUGGGGGAAACCACCGUGGGUUAGAAGAGGUCGCUUGUGUACCACCAAGGACCGGCAGCCAAGAGUGUGAAAACCGACUGGUUGAUGCAAGAAUAUACGUUGAAUUAUAAUUCUCUUCCGACCCCUAUCACUAAAAGGGUAAGCAAUAAUUUCACCCUUUAAUUUGUUGAGCAUGUUACUGUUAAAUAUGUUAAGCAUAUUUAUUAUACUCCCUCCGUCCCUAAAUAGAUUACAAUGUUUUUUUCUCUCCUCUCGAUAACUUUUGUUUGUUUAAGCGAUUUUAUCAAGUAUUUGAUAAAAUUAAAUAUUCUUGUCACCU